AUGUUCCUUGGGGUCUCUCAUACUCACUCUUCACUCGUGAGCUGUGUCUUGAAUCUCCAAACAGGAUACGUCAGUCCUUAUUACCAUGUUGUGAUAGACGACCUUUUCACAACAGUUCCUCCUAAUGCAGAUCAGGGAGGACUGUUUGAUGUUGCUGAAUUUGAUGCGACAACUUGGAAGAAUCUAUUGGAAAAUGGCCACAAAAAGCAUUUGGACAAGGAAGGUUUGGCAAGUGCAAAGCGUCAUGAUCGCCAAAAUCCUCCUAGUAUAUUGGCAAACAAAUGGUUAAAUCCUGUUGAGCAUUUGCUAGGAAGUCAUGGCGGGCGGCACGCAAAGCGCAAUUAUGUCAACGGAUCGCCAAAGAACGUUGCCGUAGAGCUGAAUGGAACCGUCACAGUGUCACUUUUGAGGUUCCAGAGGGAGACUGUCGUGAAGAUGAAGAUGGAACUGCGCAGCCAAAUUCGAAUCACAACAUGA